GCCCGACACAAAGCACAGACCGCCCUGGAGAACCAGGAGCACAAGCAAGAGAAGGAAGUUCAUCGCCGACUGAACGAGAAAGAUGCAGAGAUCCACAAGUUGAAAGAUCUCAUUGCAUUCACGCAGAAAAGAUUCGAUGCCAUGCUGGAUCAGGAAGGAAUGGAGCAAUCGCUCGAGAUUUCAGAAAUCAAGAAGAAGAAUCAGGAGGAGUUGGAACAGCAGCAUCUAGUGGAGUACAAGCUGAAGAAGGACCAGGAUAUGUUGAUGAGAGGAUUGGAAAUGAUGGAGAAGGAUCGGGACCGCAUUGCCAUGGAGCAGCGCGAAGCCAGUGUGAACAUCAGCAGCCUGCGCGCGGAGGCCGAGACGAUGAAGCGCGAGGUGACACUUCUGAAGGCCGAGCGCAAGGAACGAGAGGCCACGCUGCGCGACAAGGAGAUGGAGAUCGGAGCGCACAAGCUCAAGGUGCAGACGCUGAAGAAGUUCAAGCACGUUCUGGACUACCGCUUGCGAGAGGUAACAGAGUCCUUGAAGCCCAAGGAGGACAUGAUCGCGCAACUCCACCUGCAGCUCUCGGCUCUGGAGGAGGAAUUUGAACGGCAGCUGGAGAUCCAAAAGCAGAUGGAGGGUGUUCUGGAGACGAAAUCUGCUCAAGUGCUUCAGCUGUCUGCAGAGGCUGAGAAGCAGAAGGAGAUCUUGAAGCAGCCGGGGCCCUG